AUGACGAAGCCCCCUCGCGGCCUCUCAUCGUCCGUCUGGGCCGGGGCUUCGUCGCAGCGGACCCAAUCUCUACCGCCGCCGCUUCCCGCCUCUGAAGAGCUGCCGUCACCUUCAUCACCACGGGCCAAAGCGCUCGCUCGCGCCCAGGCCCUGCGCCGUUUUGAGCAGGUUUGCGUGAGGCUCCGGUGGAAGUUCAUCGACCUGCAAAACGCCUACGACCGCACCAACGCGCCGCAGUCAUUCCACUUUGCGGCGCAGGAAGCCGAGAAUAACUUCAAGGUUGACUUUCACGAAUUCUAUGUCAAGAUCGAGCAGGCCAUUGUAUUUCUACUUAAGUUGUUCGGUACAACCAUCGCCAAAGCAUCAACUCUGGCUACCACACAGUACGGUGGCGCUCCCUCCGUGGCAGCCGCUCAUGCAUACCAUCAUAACGUUCUCAAGGCACUCGACGACGACCAGCAUCCGCUGCACGAGCCGCUCGGCAAAGGCCCCGUGAACCAGGCACUCUGGAAGGCCAAGGAGCUGCGCAACAAGUGGAAGAGCGCCACAGAGGACCGUGAGUCACCACCGUUGGGGAUGUACGACCUUAGCUGGAUCGUAAAUCAGGUCUUGGCGGGUCUGGAAGCCGCCUAUGCCGUUGCGUCGGCGAGGGUUAUCGAAGAUCUUAACGACAACGACUUGGCCAUGACUGACGACGAGCGGCGUGACGCCGCCGUCGUCGAGGGCGAGUGGGAGUGGAUGGUGGAGCCCAUGGAUUGGGAAUCGUGA